AUGUCUUGCGAUCCGCUCAUCACCACGGCCGCCGAAGGCUCCCAAAACGCAACCACAGCGGAUGCAACUAAGGCAUCAUGCGAGCGCCGUGACAGCUUGUCGCAGCGAUCGGAGGACUCCCAGACUGCCGCCGAUUUUAUCAGAGAUCAGAUGCAGCUGGAAGCUGAUGCGCGUGAAGCUCUGCCUUACAGCAUUGAGAACUGCACCAAGCAACUUGGUCCUCUGCGACAAAAUGUGUUUGCCUGCCUCACAUGCAACCCGCCUCCUGCGAACUCAACCGAUACCUAUAAUCCGGCUGGUGUCUGCUACUCAUGCUCGGUGCAAUGCCACGGCGAACACGACUUGGUCGAGAUCUUUCAGAAGCGCAACUUCACCUGCGACUGCGGUACUACACGAUUCAAACAUGACCAACCAUGCACACUACGCGUCAACACCCAGACAAAUACCAAGGGUGACGUCCAUUCCGAGGCGGCUGAUCCCAACAACAAAUACAAUCAGAACUUCAGCAACCAUUUCUGCUCGUGUUCUAUCGACUACAAGCCCCAGGAGCAGAAGGGUACCAUGUUCCAGUGCUUGGGGCUCGGAACGCAUGAGACAGGCUGUGGAGAGGAUUGGUACCACCCAGGGUGCCUUGUUGGCAUGGGUCCCAAGUGGUAUGAGAAGAUGAGCGGGAAGAAACCGGCGAAUGCUAUGUCAGACGGCGUGCUACCGUCAAUUGCAGAGGAUACUACACAGCAAGAUGAUGCGGAUGACGUCGUGAUUAGCGCAGAUGCAGAUGAGGGCGACGACAAUGAUGCGCCGCUUCCAGACGGCUUUCCUGGCGAAGAAGACUUCGAUCACUUCAUCUGCUACAAGUGCGUUGAGGCUUACCCUUGGAUCAAGCGAUAUGCGGGAACCACCGGGUUUCUUCCCGCCGUCUUUUUCCAAAAGGAACAACCCACAAUCAAAGAGGCCGCGGCACAAGACGACGCAACAUCACCAAAGAAGCGAAAGCUUGACGACGAGGAGUCCGCGGGGGCUGUUUCGAACCAACCAAAGCGCAUCAAGAGUGAACAGCCGGAAAGCCUCAAGACAACAACCUCUGCCCUCGACCAGAUCCCAGCCCAGGUCAAAGAAGAGAUGAAAGAUAACGUUCCACUUGCCCGAGAAAGCGCCUGCAAACUAAACUCUCUCCCGCCAGCCCCACAGGACCAGUUUUCCCUCUUCAUGACCCCAGGUUUCCGCGACCAAUUCUGUCGCUGUGAUGCCUGCUUCCCCGACCUUAAGCCCCACCCCCAGCUGCUGGAGGAAGAAGAGGCGUAUGAGCCGCCGCUUUCGGACUCGGCGUCCGAUCACGGCUCCACGCACGGCAGCGGCUCGUUGUACGAACGCGGCGAGUCGGCGCUCCGGAACGUGGAUCGCGUGCGUGCUAUUGAGGGCGUCAUGGCGUACAACCAUCUCAAGGACAAGCUGAAGCCGUUCUUCCAGCAGUUUGCUGAGAGUGGCAAGGCGAUCAGUGCGCAGGAUAUCAAUGAUUAUUUUGCCAAGCUGAGAGGUGAUCAGGAGGCGAUCAAGGAGGCUGGGGAUGCGGCGAAGGAUGGUGACGAUGGCGAUAACAGACGCGAGCAGAGCGGGUAUUGA